AUGAAAUUUCUCGUCUCCGCCGAUGAAACAGGAAACGUCAAGGAAGUCCACUGCUCACGCGGUGUCGAUACAUCCGUGAAAGACGGAAAGCAGCCCCUGCUUGUUCAGACAUUUCUCCAAAAAGGAGAUCACACCAAUGUCAAAAACCGUGUCAUAAAAUUCAAGAACUACAACCACACUUGGUUUAUUGCCGCCAGACUCGGCGGUUUUGUAUCCAUAUACGAUCUUGCCAGUGAAACCGCAGAGUGUGACCUUUUACAUACAUAUGCUCUCCCAGUCGAAUCCACUGAUAAACCAAGCAGUAUAGUCACACAGGAAGAACACAACUUUUUGAUGGUAGCGUUUGAGUCGGGCAGCGUGUUCAUCAUAUACUUCAAGGAUAACGAGUUUUCGUUCGAGCCCCUUCGCUUACAACUUCGUGAAGACCUGUCUGAUUCACAGAAAUUGACGGCCUUUGUCGCUAGUCCUUACAGCCCGGGUGUGUUCGCUUGUGGUGGACGUAAUACAGAUCUACAGGUGAUCCGCAUGUUUGGAGCCAACAAGAAAUUCAAGGAGGCCGACUUCAAGGACGCCAAGAACUGGAAGAUCAAAGUCCUCUUCGAGGCAGAGAACGUCGAGCCAGAUCAUUUGGGCAUUGAGUGUCCAAUCUGGAUCUCACAGAUUCUUUUCCACAAGGAUUCGCCCAAGAAGGGCUACCGCUUGAUCACAGCCACUAGACAUGGCCACAUCCGCAUUUACAACACCAUAGAGGACCAAGAGCCUGUGGGUUCUUACAAAGUUAGCGAAAGGCCAAUUCUCACAAUGGCAUAUGCCAACGAAGACCAAGACCAGGUCAUUAUCACUGACAACCACACAUUUGUCGUGCGCAUGUCGCUCGUGGAUGUAGACGCUAAGGCGGAAAGAAUUGUUUCGGCCUCUGCUGGUACGUUUUACAGACCCAGCUUGAAAAUGUUGGGCAAAUACUCAGAGGGCGGAAACACCGGUGCUAUUUUAGACAUGGAAGUCUCUCUCGAUGCCAACAUUGUUGCCUUUGGCGGUCUUGACAGAUACCUACGUGUGUUCGAUAUUUCUUCGAGAAAGCUCCUCUCGAAAGUUUACAUGGGAACCCAGAUAUCCUGUCUAGAGAUCAUGGAUGAUGAGGACGAUGACGAGGCCGAUGUUGAUCCUGAGACCAAGGAGGAAGAGGAGUUCUGGGACAAACUUGAUGACGCCAGCGAUACCAAGGUUGUCAAGAAAAGAAAGGUCGAGGAAUAA